AGAUGGGUUACGUAGAAAAGGAUCCCAACGUCGUUGCACAGGUCUGCCCUGGUAGUAUUCCAGCCACGGAUAUGUUGCCAACAACACAAACGCUGACACUAGUAUCAAGCGCAAGCCAAUCAACGACAACACAAUCUACUCAUGGACCUACGUUCACGCGCGUCACAAAGGUUUCAACAAAUACUCGAACGACAACAACUGUUGCGCCCAAAACAGAGUUAACAACAGAAGCUAGAACAACGGUGCCAACAACUUAUUCGGGCACAAGUAACUCAACGUCUGAAACAAUAGCAACAAUACAAGUCAAUUCGGUUUCACAAGUGGGUGCGCUGCCAGAGCUUACUUCAUCAUCAACAACCAAACCAACGAUUGGAGCUAAUCUGCCCGCGACAUCAAGUGGUGAAUUUGAUGCCAAAUUAUUCCGUGAACAAUUGGAGCUAUGUAGAUCAAUAAAUACUUCACAUAUAAUGACACAUACUUACCUCACCGGAUACUGCUACGAGUUUGUGACGUAUAACCCACGCAUGUGGGCAUUGGCAGAGUUACACUGUAAUGCACGCGGAGGCCAUUUACUGUCCAUAACAACUGGAUCAGAGGAUGAAUAUAUACACCAAAUUAUCAAGACUCAUCAGCAUCUACAGAAUGCAACCUUUUGGACAGGGCUUUCAGUUCAUGAUAACAGCUCAGCAUGGACAGACGGAAGCGGAAUAGAAUAUGUGCACUACAUACGAUAGGGAACAUCUUGGAUUUGAUUCGUCAACACAAUGUGUUGUGAUUAAUUCAUCGAUAUCGGCAAAUAUGUGGAACAAAAUAGACUGCUUGUCAGAUCAUGAGUUUAUUUGUAAAUACGCUACCACACAAGUCUCCACAACAUUAAUAAAUGGAUUGUCAUCAAGCACAGUCGCGACAAAAGCGACAACUGGACACGCUUCUCCUGCUACCACGACGGUUUAUUUUUCUCAUGGUUACACGCAACUCUGCUCCGACCAAGUGAAGGCCCAAGAACAAAGUGGAAACCAUGUCGCACAAAAUGACUCGAGUUGCUACGUCCUCUUUCAAAGUCCAGACGAAUGGUCCCCUGCACGGGAUUUUUGUAACAAUUCUAGCGGACAUAUGCUGACGAUAAACAGCUUGAAGGAACAAGUGUUUGUUGGCGACUUUCUUAUUCAUUAUGGGAUACGCAGAGGCGUGUGGUUGGGAUUGAAUGACCUUGACAUGGAAGGAAAUUUUACAUGGGUUACAGGGGAAUCUGUCACGUUCACUGAUUGGUAUUCCCAUCCUGACGAAGAUGUGAUGAACAAUAUCCACGACUGUGUGGAAAUGUUGCCAGCACAGGCGGGAGUUUGGCGCUCCACAAUGUGUUCAAAGCAAGGAUCUGUUUCUGCACUACACGUGGUCGUUUGUGAAUACGAUGCCAUAAAACCGAUUGUUAACGCUAUUAUUGGAUAAGAUCAACACUUGCACAUACCACUGUGCCACAAAAACAAAUAAAAACGUUGUAAGAUUUCAGUUAUA